AAAAGAAAUUGGCUCAAACAUAGUUCUCAGACUAAUGUACGCUCUAUGCAGAGGAAAAAGGGUCAAUCAUUUCUUUGAUACGCAUACCAUAAGGUAUAGAAAAACAUCCAGAAAACAUUCCCUUAAACUCUCACUUCCUCCAAGAAAUCUGUUGAAUACCAUACCAUGUAUUGUAUAUACGGAGAGAGAUGAAGUAGCACAAGGUGAGUGAGUGGUGUCAGAUGGCGAGAGGAGAGUGGGGGAUGAGUGGGAGGUGUUCUUACAAGAAGGCGACUCUCAUCGUCUGUUGCAUCAACCUUCUACUUGCUUUCUAUGUGCUUCGCUCUCUUUAUGCCUCUCUCUACAUUUACCCUCUCGGCGACGCUCACACCACAUUUAAGUACACCUCAGAUCAGAUUAGGAAAAUGGAAGAGUCGGGUCGAAUACGAAAAGCAGCAGAACCUACUGAGCUUAUUGAGCUGGUGAUGCAACUCAAAGCCAGGGAAGAAAGAGUGGAGCUGCCGAAGCAUUUGAGACAAAGGCUAAUAGAUGAGAUCCGUAGUAGGUUAAGAAGCUCGGAUGCUGCUGCUAAUGCAACAGACCAAAAUGAAGCAGUUGUAGCCUGGCAUCGCGAGAAGCUAGAAGAAGCUAGGAGAAUUGAACGUGGGGAAACAUUAAGUUCAACAAUCUUGCCAGAGGAAGCUGGUAUUCUUGUAAGAGCAUUGAGUUCCGGUUGGGUUGAGUUUGUGGAGGAGAUUGAUCUCUGGAUCCCGUUCUCAGUAACAAACAGGGAACACGACGACAAACCUGAUGGGGAAGACGAAUUUGAUAAAGAGAUGUUACCGGGGAGACAGCUACCUCCUGAAUGCCAUGGCGAACUUCAUACCGACUAUGGUGGUGCCGCUGUGAGAUGGGGCCUCACCCACCACAAGGAAUCCGCGUACGAGUGUUGUAUGGCGUGUUUGGAUCAGGCGAAACGAGCCAAGCCCGGUCAGAAGAAAUGCAACAUAUGGGUUUAUUGCCCAUCUGAGACCGGAUGCUACUCUCCUGAUAUCUAUAAACAUAAAUAUCAAGAAUGCUGGCUCAAAUAUGUAAGUUUGCUCAUGAAAUCAUAUUUCUUUCUCUUCAAAUUUACUAUUGUUGCUUGGUCGCUGCAGUCGGAAACGCCACAGUUGAAUUUCAAGGACCGCUACUCUGAGGCUUAUCGAGAUGCACAUCCACGAGCACCGGUGGUUGUUCCGUGGGUAUCGGGUGUCGUCAGCGCGUGAAGUUCCACUGCUAGGUUUGUCUUGUCAUGGAAGUUGCACAACUGUGGUUGAUUAGUUGAAAUUGGGAAGGUAUCAUAUUGUUAGUUGAGAAAUGGAUGUGUGUAGUCACAGUUUUGUGGUAUUUAUUAUCAUUCAGAGUUUCAGACCACAAGUUUGCAGGGAUCAAACGUUGUAUAUGAUGAUGAAGAUUGGAAUACUUGCCAACAACGAAACAACUUACAUUGUAAAUAUUAUUAUCAUUACUAUCUAUAUAUGAGUGAGAAUUCGUUUGC